AACUGUGAAAUGUGUGUUAUCCUGUGACUUCAGAUAUGUUCGAAUAAAUGUUUUGAUACCAAACAAAAUGGAAUUUUAAGAUUUUUAUAAAAUAAAGUGCAAGAUGUUUGCAGAAUUUGUGCUUAGCUAGGUUUUCUCGUCGUCGAGCCCCCUUUUUUCCAGGUACGACUGAUCCAUGUUAGCUAACCUCAAAGAAACGCCUUCUCUGUCUGGCAAAGACUGGAGAAUGGCUGGUAAAGGGAAAAGGGGAGUGUCCAGAAGGACUUACUGCUUCUAAGAAAUGAAAAAAAGCCUCAGUGUGUUCAGGUGUUAGAAUAGGAUCCAAAGGGUUCCUGUAAGAUACAGGAGCAGAGUUGGGUGGACCGACCUGCUUGUUGGAGCCCACACAGCACACCACCAUGUUCAGCCGGUUGAAAAAGUGGAUUGGGGCUCCCGAGCCUCCAUCUGUCCAAGCAGCACAGUCUAACCCAGCUCCUGCCAAGGUAAGACCACAACUAACAUUAAUAUUAUUAAAAGAAAUCUUCUGAUUGCGCCUCGAUUGUGACUGUAAAUGAAGAUAAAUAGUUUUACCCUUUCAAGGCAGCACUUUUUCUUUGCUCAUAAUAGUAUCUAAAGUAGUUAUUUUGGGGUAAUAAGAAAAGAAAACUAAUCUUUAAUAAAUGUGUUUUUUAAUGGUUGUCUCAAAAUUGACACAAAAACUGCUGAAGGUUUCCAUUUUUAAAAUGUAGUUCAUGUUCAAUUACAGCCAUUAGAAUUUCAUGAUCAAAAGACAAAAUCUCUAAGCUUUUUGGAAAAAAAAAAAAAAUCAGACUUUACGGCGCAGCAGAAUGUUUUAUAUUCUCGUUUGCGUGCAGGAGGAGAAACCGCCUGAAAAGAAGGAUGAACAAGCAGAGGAGAAAAAGACGGACCUUGAGAAGAAAGAAGAAAAAAAGAAGGAUGAAGUGGAAAAAGAAGCAAUAAAGGAAGGAAAGGAUGAAGAAGAGAACAAAAAGGAAGAACCUAAAACAGUGCACCUGCACCCGCUGCACCUGCGUCCACUGCACCUGCACCUGCUGCCCCUGCUCCAACUAAUGCUGCCAAUCCAGAUGGGGGUGAAGGCGGGGAGGAAGCUCCGCCUCCACCUGUUGUCUAUUUCCGCUAUACAGACGACAUCCUCAGAGGUGUGAUCAAAGCGUUAAGAGAGCGAAAAGAAAUCCUCAAAGAGAAAGCUAUAGAUCCCUAUGCCACAUCUCCAGAAAUCACCCCACCUGUCACUCCUAUUCUUAAGAAAGAGGACUACAUCAGAAUUCAGGAAGAGCGGCGGAUAGUGAAGGAAGAAGAGGACAGAAGGAAAGCAGAGGAGGCAGCUAAGAAGGCAGAGGAGAAGAAGAAGAAAGAUGAGGAGAAACGGUUGGAGGCUGAGAAGAAAGCGGAGGAGGAGAGGCUUGCAGAGGAAGCCCGAAAGAAGGCACAAAUCCUUCCAGACAUCAGCUGCUCCUGCUUUGACGUCCUCUUCCAUCCCGUGGAGACGAUGAUGGACUCUUUCUUAGGAACCACCAUUGAUCCUUUCACAGAUCGUCGAUACAUCGCCUGGCUGACUGUGGUGGCCGUGGCCUACAACUACAACGUUUGGUUCUGCACCGCCCGGUUGGCCUUUCCCUACCACAACGAAACUGCCAACAAAUACUGGAUAAUCUGUGACAUCAUUUCCGACAUCGUGAACAUCAUCGACAUCAUCGUUUGGCAGCCUCGACUCCAGUUCGUCAAAGGCGGAGAUAUCAUUAAAGACAGAGCUUUGACUAAAGUGCAUUAUAGGAAAUCAUAUCGAUUUAAGACUGACAUAAUCAGCAUUCUCCCAUUAGACCUUCUCAGUCUGCAGUUUAGCUUCUCAUCCAUAUACAGACUCAACCGCUUCAUCAGGAUCGAUUCCUUCUUUGAGUUCAGCGAUCGGCUUGAGAGCAUCAUGGCAAAAGCGUACAUAUGGAGAGUGGCCCGCACCACAGGAUACCUGCUGUAUGUGCUCCAUCUCAACGCCUGUGCGUUCUAUGUUGCUUCCGUGUCUCAGGGUCUUGCUACCACCUCGUGGGUCUAUGAUGGAAAGGGUACAGCCGUUGCUACUACUUCGCCGUUCGCAGUCUCAUUAACAUCGGAGGUCUUCCAGAACCGGUGACAGUCUUCGAGAUCAUCUUCCAGAUGGCCAACUUUUUCAUCGGCGUCUUUGUCUUCUCCAGUCUGAUCGGGCAGAUGAGAGACGUGAUAGGAGCAGCCACCGCCAGUCAGACGUAUUUCAGAGCAUCGAUGGACGGAUGUGUCGCCUACAUGAACACUUAUACAAUCCCAAAGUUGGUCCAGAACAGGGUCAGAACCUGGUACAACUAUACCUGGGCUGCACAGGGUAUGCUAGAUGAGUCUGAGCUGCUAGACAAGAUGCCUCUGGUGAUGAGAACCGCCAUCGCCGUGGACAUCAAUCUGGCCACUUUCCAAAAGAUCGCACUGUUUCAGGGCUGUGACCAGCAGAUGUUGGUGGACAUGUUACUGCGGCUCAAGUCCAUCAUCUAUCUGCCCGGAGACUUUGUUGUAAAGAAGGGUGACAUCGGUAAAGAGAUGUACAUCAUCAAAAGUGGAGCGGUGCAGGUGGUGGGAGGACCUGACAACAGCAUUGUGUUUGUCACGCUGAAGGCUGGAUGCGUGUUCGGAGAAAUCAGUUUGCUCCAGUCUGCCAAAGAUGGAGGAAACAGGCGCACAGCCAACGUGAAAGCCCACGGCUUCGCCAACCUUUUUGUCCUGGAGAAGAAAGACCUGUUUGACAUCCUCGUCCAUUACCCAGAGUCUCAGAAAGUUCUGGCUAGGAAGGGCAGGCAACUGAUGAAAGCCAAAGCUCCAGGAGGAGCUAAAACCAAAGAGGAGAAGCAGAAAGGUUUAGCUCUGUUUGGACAGAAGCCACCGACGCCGAAGCUGCUCAAAGCUUUCGGCAACUUCCGUAAAGGAGGAAUCCUGGAUAAACUUAAGGUAAAAGUCUUUAUGCUUGAAGAAACUGUCAAUUUUCUUUACAAGGAAGACUUCAAUUUUUUUUUUUCCUUGUGUCAACAGAAAAAUGCAGAGGAGCAACAAUAG